AUGUUGGACCUACUCUGCAGUUUGUACAUGAUCUGUGACUUCUUGCACAUAUGCAGUUUGAGCAAUUACGGCCGCUGCCCUUUCCUCUGUGCCCGUCUGUUUACGACUUACCUGGACGACCUACGACCCACAACCUACUGCCCACGACCUACGACCCACAACCUACUGCCACGACCUACGACCCACAACCUACUGCCCACGACCUACGACCCACAACCUACUGCCCACGACCUACGACCCACGACCUACGACCCACAACCUACGACCCACGACCUACGACCCACAACCUACUGCCCACGACCUACGACCCACAACCUACUGCCCACGACCUACGACCCACAACCUACCUGCCCCACGACCUACGACCCACAACCUACUGCCCACGACCUACUGGCCACGACCUACGACCCACAACCUACUGCCCACGACCUACGACCCCACAACCUACGACCCACAACCUACGACCAACGACCUACGACCCACAACCUACUGCCCACGACCUACGACCCACAACCUACGACCCACAACCUACGACCAACGACCUACGACCCACAACCUACUGCCCACGACCUACGACCUGCGACGCUGGAAUUCUGUCGUAAGAUAUUUUUCUGUUUUCCACUCCUGUUUGAUGAAUGGACAAUCACGCUAACUUGA